AUGUCGGACUCUCCUACACCUCGCAAUUUUAGUUUGCGAAACGUGAGCACAAGCAAACCUCAAGUCUACCGAACAGAGUCACGGCAAUCAGCCGCUGCUUCAGACGACUACUAUUCCUUCUCGGACCGAGCAGCGUCAUCCAGUCCGGAUAGUCGUGUUACAGCAAUGCGCUUUGAUACUCCAGACUCACAUCAAUCUUUUCAAGAAUCGUCUCCCACAGUACCUUUGACACAACAACCGCAACACCCCGCAAUGUCCCAAGAUUACCAACAACAGCAGCUGCCUGCGCCAGAGGACCUUGGCUCCCCUCGCCCGGGUACAGCCAGUACAAUCCGAUUCGGUGAAGACAGAGUUGCUCGCAUCAGCCCCAAGUCCGACGACACUGUCAGGCGGUAUACAAGAGACUAUGCUGGCCCAGCACCGACCCCCGGGUUAGACGACUCGCCAUAUGUCCGCUUCGCUAUAGACCAACUUACCCGUGAUGAAGAAGUCGGGGUUCCUCAAAGACAUGAUUCAAUCUCCACCAAUCAAGACUACCCAAAUGAUCGGCUUGUCUGGGAUCAAGGAUUGGGCUAUUUCACUCGUGCCCGCACACCGAUCCGACACACAGAGACACCACCCAGACCGAACUUCACAUCGCCAUCCCCCCAAGCACUACCUCAACGCCCAAACUCAGUCGACCCAGAGUCAUUUGUUGCAGUUGACCCACCCGAGCAGAGUCUGCUAUACCCACCUUUGGAUUAUCUUCCCAUGGUCCUACGGCCCUGGGCUGUGCUCGGUCUGAUCUUCUGCUGCCUCCUCAUGAUUGCGGGCGUGGUGUUUUGCAACAUCUGGUCCCAUCGCCAUGAGGGAAUCUGGAAUUAUAAUGGCCAAGGUGGUGCUCGGUAUUUUGUUAUGCAAUUCUUGCCACAGAUCCUAGCAGCCCCCAUUAUCAUCUGGAGUUUUGUCGUCCAAGCUGCUGUAUACCGGAUCUCUCCAUUUGCUAUGAUGGCAGCAGAGCGAAAACGGGGAUCCGUCUUGCAAGGCCUACCCAUCCUCCCGAGGAACUUUGUGUUCCCUGAUCAUUCUCAUUUCCGGUACGGAGAACCUCUAUUUGGAUUCUCGCUCUUCACGAUCUGGCUAUCCAAUUUCUUUGCUAUCCCACUUCUCAGCUGCGUCUUCCAAGCAAAGUACUAUGUCAUUGAUGGGCAAGGAUUGUGGAGGUGGGCCUCCGUGCAAGCUGUUGUCUGGGCUGUGGUUGCAAUGUAUGGUCUCCAAGCCAUUGGUUUACUACUGCUUGUCAUCCGAUUCAUUCGAGGUUGGACUGGUCUGAUGUGGGAUCCGAUCUGUCUGGCAGAUUUGAUCUCCAUUAUCCAACGCUCGAAUAUCCUUCAUGAUUAUGAGCACUCUGAGACUGUGCCCUCGGUAAAACAGUCCCUGGAUCCUCGUGUGCUCCGACUAGGAUACUGGAAGCUAUCGAUGAAGCCCGAGAUCUUUUACGGAAUUGGUGAAGUGGAUGCCCCCAUUCGUACGCCUUCUCUGCACCAAACCGAGAAGAGUCGCCAAAACCAACCCCAUGGAAUGACCAAAGUGCGAUUCGACCUCGAACAAAAUGGCUUUGCUAAUGAUGGCUACGACCACCACCUAUUCUCCCCAUUCACUCGCUACCGCUGGACGCCCUGGUUCCUUCGCAUUCCAUCGGUUAUUGUAUGGACCAUCAUUGUGUUCGCGCUCUUCAUCGCAUUCAUCACCGUCAGCUUCGUGAACAAUGCAAUCGAGGGGGGUUUCCCACCAAAGCUACCGACUCUCCCAUCCACGAGUGCAUUCUCCUCCUCAAACUUCCUCUACAGCUUUAUCCCAGCAGUGAUUGGAAAUGUGCUUUUUCUCGCCUGGCAACCGAUUGACAUGUAUUUCCGCGCCCUCCAACCAUUUGUUGAACUCUCUGCUCCCAACGGCGCCUCGGCCGAUAAGAGCCUCCUCCUCGCCUACCCAACUUCCCUCCCCAUUCAAGUCACUCUCCAGGCUAUCAUCAACGGACACUUCAAGGUCGCCUGGCUCUCAUUCAUGAGCCUCAUCUCCCUCGCCAUCCCCAUCCUGGCUGGUGGUGUAUUCAUCGCACUCUGGUACCCAGAUCACGACGACGUCCGCAUUUCCUCGCUGAUGCCCGCCUUCUACGCGCUGAUCGCAUUCUGUGGUCUUUAUGCCGUCUCUUUCUUGGCAAUCUGGCCCGGUCGCCGCCGCUACCUGCCACACGAUAUCACCACUCUCGCCGAUCUUAUGAGCUACCUCUACCAGUCUCCCCUCCUCGCGGAUAAGCUUCUUCGUGAACCUCGCAGCAAGACUGAUCUUGUGACCCGUCUUAUUGUUGCCCCUCCAUCUGAGCGCAUGCUGCCAAUGUAUGGAUUUGGAAUUUACGUCGGUCGCGAUGGAAAGGAACAUCUUGGUAUUGAUCGUCUCCAUCGACCUGGCCGCGCCGAUAUGCUGAUUACGACCGGAACGAUGAAAACCUGA